AUGGAUAUUUUAAAGAGAGAGAACGAGUCAGACAAGUUCACCAAAAUAGAGACUGAAUCUGCAACGAUACCAGCAGGUUCAGACCAUUCUGGCUCGCUGAUGAGAAGAGUGAAGGACUCAUUCAAGCAGAGCAACUUAAAUGUCAUAACAGAAGACCUUGAGAAUAGCGAGCAGUCGGAACAGGAAAAAAUCCAAUGGAAACUAGCGUCUCAGCCUUAUCAAAAAGUGUUGAAGCAAAGGCACUUGACCAUGAUUGCCAUAGGUGGCACUUUGGGGACAGGUCUUUUCAUCGGGUUGGGUUACUCUUUGGCGUCUGGGCCCGCCGCUUUGUUAAUCGGUUUUCUGAUGGUUGGUACUUCUAUGUUUUGUGUUGUCCAGAGCGCUGCAGAACUUUCCUGCCAGUUUCCAGUUUCUGGCUCCUAUGCCACACAUGUUAGCAGGUUUAUAGAUCAGUCYGUCGGGUUCACUGUAGCUACAAACUAUGCUCUGUCUUGGCUGAUUUCCUUCCCGAGCGAACUGAUUGGUUGUUCGCUUACGAUUUCGUAUUGGAACCAAACUGUAAAUCCUGCCGUGUGGGUUGCGAUUUUCUACGUUUUCAUCAUGUGCUUGAACUUGUUUGGUGUCAAAGGAUUCGCAGAGACAGAAUUCGCUUUGUCAAUUAUCAAAGUCAUAUCUAUAUUCAUUUUCAUUAUCAUCGGUAUCGUGCUAAUUGCUGGAGGUGGCCCCAAUUCUAGCGGGUACAUUGGUACUAGGUACUGGCACAAUCCRGGUUCUUUUGCCAAGCCGGUCUUCAAAAAUCUAUGUAACACCUUUGUUUCCGCAGCUUUCUCGUUCGGUGGUAGUGAGUUGGUACURUUGACYAGCACAGAGUCYAAGAAUAUCUCGUCGAUAUCCCGUGCCGCUAAAGGUACGUUUUGGAGAAUCGCCAYCUUUUAUAUUACGACAGUCGUCAUCAUUGGCUGUCUAGUGCCUUACAACGAUCCUAGGCUACUUAAUGGUUCAACGAGUGAAGAUAUCUCUGCCUCUCCCUUUGUUAUUGCCUUAAGCAACACCGGCGCAAUGGGUACAAGGGUCUCGAACUACAUGAACGUUGUUAUUCUUGUUGCAGUGGUUUCCGUUUGUAACUCUUGUGUCUAUGCUUCUUCGAGGCUAAUUCAAGCUUUGGGAGCAUCGGGUCAACUUCCAGAAAUUUGUGCUUAUAUGGACAGAAAGGGGAGGCCUUUGGUUGGUAUCGGGAUUAGUGGUAUAUUCGGUCUUUUAGGUUUCCUGGUUGCAUCUAACAAGGAARGUGAAGUCUUCACCUGGCUCUUCGCUYUGUGCUCCAUUUCAUCUUUUUUCACUUGGUUUUGUAUUUGCAUGUCGCAGGUUAGAUUCAGAAUGGCUUUGAAAGCUCAAGGAAGAUCCAAAGAUGASAYUGCCUACAAAUCUAUGCUCGGUGUGUAYGGGGGUGUUUUAGGAUGUGUGCUAAAUGCCCUGCUGAUAGCCGGUGAAAUAUAUGUUUCAGCUGCUCCAGUGGGCGRCCCAAGCACAGCUAAAGGAUUUUUCGAGUACUGUUUAAGUAUCCCGAUUAUGAUUGUCGUCUAYAUUUCGCAUAGAAUUUACAGAGGYGAUUGGAAACAKUGGUACAUCAAGAAAAGUGAAAUUGAUCUUGACACGGGGUGUUCCGUUGAGAAUCUAGAACUCUUUAAUGAGCAAAAACAGGCCGAGAAAGAAGCCAUCGCUUCAAAACCAUUCUACUACAAAAUUUACAGGUUUUGGUGUUAG